AUGGGACAUCGUCAUGGUUUUCCUUUAUGGUUCCCUGAUCCGGACUCCAACCUUCCUCCGUCUUAUCAAGCGACGGGGACUCGAGUGGGCGAUCUUGGAUACAUCACCGACGACGGAGCAUUUGCCUAUCUUUUCAAUGUUUAUGCACCAGCCGAUGAUCCUAUCAAUGUGGGCCGUGUACCCCCGACUUCGAACCUUUGCCAGGGGUUCCUCCUGCUGAUUUACUCGUUCGUACACAGCAAGAACUGCACCCGAAGCACCAUGCGUGUUGGUUUCGAAUUCUCCUGCUCUUCUGCUCGAGCCGCUAUUCUGUUCCUCCCCGAUGGCGCCGUGCGCUACAAUUGUAACUUCCCUGCUCGCCUUUAUGAACAUGCAAAGACGAAUGCCCAGUCUUGGUACCAGUAUUUCAAUGGUGAACAAGGCAGGGAGAUCCGUAACGGCUCUCUAUACCUCGUCACGGGUUGUGAUAAAUGUCAUUCUUGGGGAACUGCAUGCUUUCAUUACCCUUCUGAUCAUCAUUCCGUAUCCUUGCGGUUCUUAAUUGCUGGGCUAGGUGAGGUUGCAGGAUUGAUCUCACACAGAUGGGAGGUCCAGACCGGAAUCCAUCGGCGUAAUCACCAGUGUGACGCAACAUCGAAUCUUGCUAAUCAGACCAUUUUUAUCCGUGGAUUCACGAUAUCAGUUCGAGAACAACCUCAGCUUUUGAGGCGAAUGUUCGGAAUGAAGUCAGCUGUGGAAAUUUACAAGAGCGAUGGUAGCAACGUGAAAGGUCCCCGGAUCUUUUCAUCAAUCCCAUAUGGCAUAGAGAGUACAUCAGAGAGCUCUAACUACAGUACGUCAGCCAUGGAUAUGUACCGGACAAGCGCAGGGGUAAUGUUACAUCAUGCUCCCUUUUCUACCUGUGCUGACAGUUAUUGCUCUUGGUAG